AUGCCUUCGACGUGGUCCUAUUUUUCGUGCGUUGCGCUCGCCUUGAGUGCAUCGACACGAGCAGAGGCAUUCACAUUCACCUUCAGCACUCCCUCCCAAUGUCAGAACAUAGCUGUCACAUGGACUGGUGGUCAACCACCUUUCCAGUUGUUGAUUAUACCGCCAAGUGGUACCAUUCGCACCUUUAGUAUCCCAUCGAGCGCCUACCAAGGAAAUUCUGGAUCCUUCUCGACCCCUCUUCUUUUCGGCCAGAACCAACGUUUGAUGCUCAGCAUGUCUGACGCGACCGGGGCCGCUUCUGGUGGAAUCUCUGAUCUUUUGACGGUUGGCCCACCUCAGGGAGCGAGUCAAUGCAAUACUACUGAUCCAGGAGUUGAUUUUUUUUUUUCGCUCGACGGCGUCCUCCAGCAGUGCCAGCCGUAUCCUUUCACGCAGUAUGGGGGAGCCAUACAACCGAUCACCAUCACCGCCUAUGUUCCUCUGGGGAAUUCAUUUGUCCUCAAUCCUCCUACGGGGAGCAGUUUCUCAUGGAUAGCCAAUUUGCCUGCAGGAACUUCAGUCGCGUUCUCUAUGAUCGAUUCACAAGGUCGAAAUGGGGGUACCUCGCCAAUCGAGGUGGUUGGUUUGACGAAUAAUAACUCCUGCCUGGCCACCACUGUUGUUACAUCAAGUAGAAGUGGUGUUACGUCAAGUAGAACGACCUCCACCUCGCAAACAAGCAAAUCUAAUUCAGGUCAGGACAAUAACGGAACAUCGCAGGGUGGGUCGAAAAUCGGAAUCAUCAUUGGAGCAGCUGUUGGAGGGUUUGCACUUGUUGGGAUCGCCGCUUUCCUCUUUUUCUGUUUCAGCAGAAACCGACGCGCCAAACCGGGAUACCGUCCCAACCAAAAGGUUGACUUCACUUACGAUCCUGUGAGGCCCCCCAGCCCCGACCCCUUCAUUCUUCCAGCAGGGUACACAUCGGCUGCCCUCGCUCCUCAGGUAUCACAACACCAUAACAGCGCACCAGUCUCUCCCUUCUUGUCAACAACCACCUCACAGCACGCAAGCACGGCCAUACCACUAGCGCCGCAGUUCGGGAGGGCGAACAGUCCCCCACAAUUCGAUAGCUCUAAUGCGCCCCUGCAGUUUCAUGAUCCAAACGCUCCCCAACGAUUCGGUACGCCUAACGCGUCUCAGCAGCAGUUUUCUCCGAAUGCUCCUCAGCAAUUUGGUACGCCUAAUACCCAUCAGCAAUAUGGUGCUCCGAACGUUCCCCAGCAGUACGGCGCUUUUAAUACCCCUCAGCAGUAUGGGGCAGCGAUAAGCAUGCCCUCCCAUCACAACGCCAGUAAUACUCUGGGUCUUAACCCGAAUACUCACCAACGUUUGGGAAGUCAUAACCCCCAACAGUUCGGUGGAACGAAUACCAAUCCACAAUUUGCAGGAUUUCAGGACCCUGCACAAUACGGAGCGCCUUCCACUGCGUCCACUUACCCACCACAAGCACCCCAAGAUGGCCGACCAACUAGUAGUUUCAGCACGUAUAGCUCAGUCUAUGGGGGAAUGGCAGAUCAUACCGAAGACACCACGGUACGCUCUGAAUCUCAGGCUACUUCAUCGAGCACUGGAAAGACUGGGAAGACCCAUCAGCCUCGCGUCAUUUUGCACACAGAUAUUGAGGAAACCAUGGAACCGGAGGAACUUCCUCCACAAUAUUCGGAGAGUCGGGCACCAAUACCAGGUCUAUCGGCGUCAAAUGAUGCUGGCUUGUCUGCCGCUCCAGCAACCUCGCGGAUCGUGGUCACUGGAAAGGGCAGGAACGUUUGACGGCUUAUUUGUGCUUACCUGUUCUGGGACCAUUAUUUUUUACAAUGUUUCUAUAUAUACCCGCUCAGUAUUCUUGGCUUACUUAUAGUCUAUUGUAAUGAUUGGACGAUAUCACCUAGGUACCUGCGUUGUUGAGAUUUUUUUACUCAACGCCUCCUAGAUGGUCCCAAAUCGCGAGGGUAAUACAGAGGCAUCCAGCAUGAUUCAAACU